AUGGCUCUAGAACCAAACUUCCUUCUCUCAUGGGUCUUCUUAUGCAUAGCUGCAACAAUCUCCAGCACACUUUUCUUCUUCCGCAAGAAACCUCACAAGUUCACAUCAAAAAAGCUGCAGCAGCACAAGAAGAAGCUUCCUCCUGGAGACAUGGGGCUUCCAUGGAUAGGUGAAACAAUGGAGUUCUACAAAGCUCAGAAAAACAACAGAGUUUUCGAGGAUUUCGUGAAUCCAAGAAUCAUUAAACAUGGUAACCUCUUCAAGACAAAAAUCAUGGGCUCACCAACAAUAGUAGUCAAUGGAGCUGAAGCCAAUAGGCUAAUAUUGUCUAAUGAGUUCAACUUAGUGGUGAGCUCAUGGCCUUCUUCUUCUGUUCAGCUAAUGGGCAUGAACUGCAUCAUGGCUAAGCAAGGCGAGAAGCAUAAAGUCCUUAGAGGGAUUGUAGCUAAUAGCCUUAGCUACAAUGGGUUAGAGUCCUUACUACCUAAGCUCUGUGACACUGUUCGGUCUCAUCUUCAAACCCAAUGGAGAGGCAAGGAAGAGAUUGGUCUCUACCGUUCAACAAAAGUUCUAACGUUUACUGUGGUCUUUGAGUGUUUGUAUGGGAUCAAAGUGGAGCUUGGGAUGUUAGAGAUCUUUGAGAGGGUUCUAGAAGGAGUUUUCGCUUUGCCUGUUGAGUUUCCUUGUUCUAGGUUUGCUAGAGCGAAGAAAGCUAGGCUAGAGAUAGAGACAUUGCUUGUUGAGAAAGUUAGGGAGAAGAGAAGAGAAAUGGAACAAGAAAAAGAAGCUGAGAGACCAAACAGAACAACACUCUUCUCGAGGCUAGUACAAGGGUUGAUCAAAGGCGAGAUAACAGAAGAAGAGGUUGUAGAUAACAUGGUUUUGCUAGUGUUUGCAGCUCAUGACACAACCUCUUACGCCAUGGCCAUGACCUUCAAGAUGUUAGCUCAGCAUCCAACUUGCCGUGACACUCUCCUUCAAGAACAUGUUCAAAUAAAAGCAAACAAAGGGGAAGGAGAAUACCACCUUACGGUGGAAGAUGUGAAGAAGAUGAAGUAUAGCUGGCAAGUUGUUCGUGAAACAAUGAGAUUAUCCCCUCCAAUCUUUGGUUCCUUCAGAAAAGCAGUUGUUGAUAUAAACUAUGGAGGAUACACAAUCCCCAAAGGCUGGAAGAUACUUUGGACAACUUAUGGAACUCAUUACAAUCCUGAAAUAUUUGAAGAUCCAAUGAGUUUUAAUCCUUCAAGGUUUGAUAAGGCAGUACAAGCAUAUACAUAUCUGCCAUUUGGAGGAGGACCAAGGCUUUGUGCAGGUCACCAACUAGCAAAAGUCAGCAUCCUUGUUUUCUUGCAUUUCGUUGUGACAAGUUAUGAUUGGUCCUUAGUGUAUCCAGAUGAGACAAUCAGCAUGGAUCCUCUUCCAGUUCCGUCCCUCGGAAUGCCAAUCAAAAUUUCUCCCAAGUGGAUCUUUAAGCCGGCAAAAGAUCCAUACAGAAGAGAUAUGGAAAAGGUAGGUGAAGACGAGGAGAAGACCAUUGGAGAAGCAAGCAACUCUACUGAGGAGAAGAGGAGUGAUAAGGAAGAUGAAAGGAUCAUGGAUACACCAGUAGUAGAUUACACAAAACAAGGCUCUAUGGAUCCAUCUAACUCACAGACGGUCACCUUUGAAGAUCAUGAUGUAAGUGAGUAUGAAAUGGAAGAUGAGGAAGUUCUAGAGCUUUUUAGACGUGAUAGCGGUGUGAGAUCUGAGAUCGCCAAGAGCCACAACUUCCCACAUCUAAACAAGCCUGAAGAUAUGGUUCUACAGUUCCAAGAAGACACUCCUGCAGACACAGAACAAGCAAACAUACUGCUCCAUAGCAUGGGUGAUAGCAGCGAGAUUGCCGAUCUAGGCGCAGAGAAUUUGGAUUCUUCUGUAAUACUUGAAGGAAUUAGAUCAUCAUCAGAUUCAAAAGAGGAUAUUGAUGACUCAUCAAGUGACUCUGACCUUUCUAGUUAUUACUUUGACGGGUCCUUGCCCCUUUCAGUUCAUGUGGAAGGACCUGAAACCCACCAAGAUGAAUCUCAUGUACCUAAAGAUGAAAACCAGAUGCCUCUACUGCGCCUUAACCAACCCGUGCAGCAACUAACUUCGUGGAGGAAUUGCUGCGGACUCCUUGAGCUUCUCCGGGCUGCUGAUCCAUAG